UGCGGUUUGCCAUGCCCCAGCCUCAGUCUGUUUGCUUCGCCUCGUCCCAAGGGCAGCCAUGGGGCUCUCCUGGUUGAAUCAGUUACAUCUGCUGGCGGUGAUCUGGGGGCUGGGCGGUCUGGAGACCCCUGCAGAGGCUGUUUUGUGCUAUGAAAUAUUUGACAAGACCUCUGGAUCCUGCGGUGAGUUGUUAGGAGAUGGGGUAAGCCAGGAAGACUGCUGUCUGAACCUUCAAUAUGGCUUCCGGUUGCAAAAGGAUGCGCCCUGUGAAGCCUGCCGCCCAGCUGCAUGGAGUGAUUGGUCUCCAUGGACUCCUUGCUCCGUUUCCUGUGAGGAAGGGACCCAGCAGCGCAGCCGGACGUGCUACGGGCAGGGCGACUGUGAGCAGGGCCCACGCCAGUGGGAACUGAAACCCUGCGGCUUGGGUGCUUGCUGUCCUGUGAUGGGUGGCUGGUCUGCAUGGAGUGCCUGGACUCCUUGUUCGGUGACCUGUCUCAAGGGGGUCCAGACCAGGGAACGGACUUGCACCAAUCCGGCACCUGAAUGUGGAGGCACCUGCCAAGGAAGCAAAUCUGAGACACAAUCUUGUGACACAAGGCAGGUCUGCCCAACCCAUGGAAAUUGGGGGAGCUGGGGGCCCUGGGGGGCCUGCUCCGCCACUUGCACCCCUGAAGGUUCCGGCCCAAAGCCCAGACAGCAGCGGCGCCAUCAGUGCAACAACCCUACGCCUUCGAGCAACCCUCCCGGCAACCAGUGCCCGGGAAGUGACCACGAGUUCCAGACAUGUGCCGGACUGCCCUUCUGUCCACAGGACGGCAACUGGGGCAGCUGGAAGCCUUUCAGUGACUGUUCGGUGACCUGUGCGGUUGGCCGGCAAGUGGAGAAGCGUGUGUGUAACAGCCCUGCACCAAAGUAUGGAGGGAAAAGCUGCCCAGGGCCAGACACUCGCAGUUUAAUCUGCAACACCCAGGUGCCUUGUCCAGUGGACGGACAUUGGUCUGAGUGGAGCGAUUGGUCCGACUGCACCAGACACACCUUUCAGGGGAAAAUUGAGUGCCAAGAGAUUCCUGGAUUUCAGAGGAGGAACAGACGAUGCAUUGGACGGGCCCACGAUGGGAAACGCUGCCCAGGGGAUCAAUUAGAAUUAAGAAACUGCUACAAUGUAAAAUCUUGCUUGAUGCCAGGCACCUGGACGGACUGGAGUCCCUGGGACCUGUGUGAGCCCGCGUGUGGGCAGAACCCGAUGAGAUCUCGCAAAAGGGAGUGCAAGCCCAACUACCCUAAUUACCUGAUGAACAUUCCAGGUACUGGGAAGGUGACCAAUACCAGCUUCUGGGGGAAACCGUUGCCUGUGUGUGAACCCCUGGAAAAGCAGAGGUUGCGGGUCUUGGAAAAGGCACCGUGUCAAAAUGUGCUGCCUUGUACAGACUGAUUUUGCAGUAACAAAUGUUGUGGGCUUCAGCGCUGCUGCUUGCGGCCAAAGUGUGAGGUUGCCGGAAGGGAAGGUUGCUGUGCCACAUCUCCUUUUGCUUCCUGUGACUUCUAUGGAGCCCCUAUAACUUCCUUCCUCUUACUGAAAUGGUAACCCCGAGACAUGUCCUCUCCAUCUGAAUAAUCAGUAAAUUAAAUUUUGUAUAAUGCACCAAAUUGGCGUAUCUUUUUGAUGAGAGAGUUCUGGCCUCUAAAAGCUUGUUGUAUUUUGGAAGGCACGAGGCUUCUAGAUAUCUAUUGACUCUGGUCUUCUAUAGCUGCCGUGGUGGAACAUGGAGGACUUCUGAAGAGCUUCUCUAUUUUUAUUUUUACAUUCAGAGGAGUUAGCUGUGUUAGUCUGUAGUUGCAAAAUAGUAGAGUCCAGUAGCACCUUUAAGACUAACCAACUUUAUUGUAGCAUAAGCUUUCAAGAACCACAGCUCUCUUUGUCAGAUGCAUCUGUAAAUAAAACAUUCAUUCUGGAUUUCUCAA